AUGUCUUUCGUCUGCGAGGUAUGUGACAAAGAGUUUGCUCGUAAGUUCAACCUUGAUCGUCAUCAAGAAACCAAACACCGAGACGAGUCAGCUGUGACCUCGGAGGAAGUCGUCGUAGACCCCGAGACGGGAUCUUGUCGAAAGCGGGAUGUUUUUGACGACGACUCCGACAUGUCUCAUGAACAUGAGACGGACGCGCUUGAUUCAUCGCCCGACGAGGAAGAUGAAGAAGACACCGAUGACAAAGAUGAGGCCUCAGUCAUUUUGGAAGAUGAAGUAACCGUCUCAGACGAAGAUGAGUCUGUUGUGGACUCUGAGGAGGCAGAUUUAACGACAGAAACCGACAGCGAUCAGAGUGAUUCAGAGAGUGACGCAAGCUCGGACGUAUCUUCCGACCCGGCUUCACCUGAUGGUAGUGACGAGUACGGCUACGACAGCGGUUCAUCUGGGUCCGAGCCUAACGACAAGAGCCAAGCGGCCGACCCCGAACCUGCCUCUGCUGAGCCCGCUGGGUACAUCCCAGGGGUCGGUCUGGGGAGCCCUGGUCAGUCCCGAGUCUGGACCAGCGCCGUGCUGAAAACCUACGCUGUGGUGACAAUGGUCCUGAUUUGCUGUCUGCUGGGAGUUACCAUCUUUCAGGGUAAAUAA